UGUUGCAAAGGAUUAUGGGUGCUGUAGUCUAUCAAAACUGCAAGAAGCUACUUUACGACGCAACUGGAUACUUCUUUCUCAAAACUUAACGAGCUAAAUAUUUGGAAUCUGGCCGUUGUUAUUAUUCGUAAAGUGUUUGUUAUCUUCCGGUGGUACUCUGAGGCUUUGAGCUGGACAUACAUUUUUUGUUUUUUUUUAAUUUUUUGUAAUACGUUCCCAUAAUGAUUAGUGCGUACUUCCUGAACGGAAGGUUUCGUUUUUAAUGUGUGUUCUUGGGGCGGGGGUCCCUUCCUGUACUUCUCCAAACUGUUAUUAAAUCCUCCUUCUCCACAGUUCCCAAAUCGAAAAAACCAUAAAGUUUUUUGAUCCUGUUGGACUGUUAAAGCCGGAACUGGCAGUGCUGAAGUAGCUGAAAACAGGAGGGAGGUGUGACGUGAUGUGAUAAAAGGUGAACAGUUUUCUGUCACAUGAUGAUGACUUGUGAUGAACUGACUGACAGUACGUGAUUAGAUCGCGUUUAAAGACUGCACGGUGUGAAUUUUCUCGUGUAGGUGCUGUGAAACACUUUGAAAUGGACCGUCAGCCUUUAAUUACCCAGCCAGGUAAAGAUUAUGGACUUGCCACCCCCGGCUAUAUACCAGCCGCUGCAGGGGCACCAGCAGGGUUUGCCCCACCUGCAGCUGACACCCAGGGCCCCAGUGCUCCUCCAGCCAGCAUGUUUGACAGCAUGCCUGGAUAUGAAGGAACAAUUGCAGGAGGAGGUGGAUUUCUGCCACCUCCCAUGCCUGCAUACCCAGCGCAGCAUCCUGAGCCUGCACCAGAACAACCCCAGUGGAACAUCCCCUCAAUAACUGAAGAUACAGCCCGGAACGCCUUCAUCCUGUUCACAAAGAGUAAAUGCUGCUACAGUUCUGCACCGGCAAAGGAAGGUGUGAUCACAGACAUGGAGGCAUUCAAUACGUACAGGUACCGCCUGGAAACAUUCACUGAAUCCAGAUCUACAGAGUGGAGUCACGAGCCAUACGCUGGUCAGCAGGUGGAUGCCUAUAUCCAACCACCUCCAGGGCCCUGGGAUCUUCCUGCUAAAACCCCCAAUUUUUUUGUGGAUGACAAACAAACUAUCAAAGUUCCUUACACAUCAUCCAUGAAGCCCUGCCAUAACUGUUUGGGAAUGGGACGAAAGCCAUGCAAAGACUGUGCCGGCUGUGGUAAUAAAGUUUGUUGGGUGUGCAAUGGAUCUGGCUAUCGUCAUGGAGCUGAUCGCUGCAACCACUGCAAUGGCAGAGGGAGGGAAAACUGCAACCGCUGCUUUGGGCAGGGAUCAAGGCAGUGUGACACAUGCCAUGGAAAACAACAACUCCUGGUCUACAUCAAGCUCAAUGUGAAAUGGACUAACAACUCUGAUGCAUACAUUGUGGAUCAGUUAAGCGGACUUCAGGGGGAAAACCUUAGCAAGGUGUCUGGCAAGGAGCUCUUCAGAGACACCCAGUACAUGGUAUACCCACUGGUGAGCUUCCCUGAGCCUUCAGUGGUAAGUGCUUCUCAGCGCCUUGUUGGUGAUCACCAGGGCAAGUACUCACAGACAUCACGUAUUCUACAGCAGCGUCAAAUCAUAGAGCUGAUCCCUGUCACCAAGGUCACGUACACCUGGAAAGGAAACUCACACAUUUACUUUGUUUAUGGAAACGAGUUUAAAGUUGAUGCAGACAACUAUCCUGCCACCUGUUGCUGUACUGUAAUGUAAACACAGUAAUUAGGCAUAUUGGAACAAAGGAAACCAUAUUUACCCAUUUACAGUUCUGUCUUGUUGAUUUAAAAGGGAUCUAACUUUUAAGGCAAACAUGGCCUUAUUAAAGUUUGAUGUGCAGAAGCAAUUAAAAAAAGCUCUGAAUUGACCACCUCACAAAUUAAUGGAAUUGAAAAAGCUUCUUUAAUUUUGCAUGCCACUGCAUAAGUCACAGCUACAAGAUAGCUCCUUUAAUGUAUUCACUAUGGAAAAACAAAGCUUACUGAAACAAUGUAAACUCUAAUUAUGCUAUGUUAACUGAAUCCCUUUGUCUUGUGAUUGUCUAGUGAUUUUUUUUUUCCAUUAUAAGUAAAAUUCUUUCUUUUUUUUUUUCUUUUUUUUUUGAAGCAGUGUCAUUUUUAUUUGAA